CACACAACACACCUGAAGCCUUGGACUGAAGCAUGCGACCAGCAGGCCGCCUCAGGCUGAGGAUGUGGCUGGAGGAACAGAUCGAGUCUGGGAAGUAUCCAGGAGUCUGCUGGCUUGACAAGUCAGAGAAAGUUUUCCAAAUCCCAUGGAAACACGCAGCUCGUCAGAGCUGGAGUAUCGACCGAGACGCCACUCUCUUCAGAAGCUGGGCCAUGCACACUGGGCGAUACCAUCCAGGCAAACACCAAGCUGAUCCAAAGACAUGGAAGGCCAACUUCCGCUGUGCUUUGAACUCUCUGCCUGACGUAUGUGAGCUGCGUGAACACAGCAAGAAGAGCGGCAGCGAUGCCUACCGAGUCUAUAAGAUGCUUCCCAGACCACACGCACGCAAGAGAGGGCUUGUGAGUCAGCAGGCAGAUAGCAGCACCAUGCAGCAACAAGAGUGGCAACCUCCAAGCACCACUUCAUCCACAGAUGAUGCAUCUCCCACUUCAUCCACAGAUGAUGCAUGUCCAAGUAUUCCUCCUGCACAAGACACGUGGGAGGACCUGCAUGAGCAGGACCAGGCUGGAUGUGAGUUAUUGGAGCACUUUAGCAGUGCUGAUCCAACCAGCAACCAGACUUGGGCUCAGAAAGGAUGGAGGUCACACCCACUGUGGGACCACUGGCACUGUUCAGCUGAUGAUAACAUCUUCUCUCUGCAUGCAGACACCUACAGUGACCUUUUGGCUCCAAACUGCAGUAAAGAGGUGUCAGACUGGUCCAUACAUCAGCAGACAAUAAUGCUCUGAUGGCACAAAGCUCAAUAAAACAACACUGUGCGCGUGCGUGUGUGUCACAUACCUGCUUUUUCUCCACUCUUAAGUGCUUCUGAAAUGGAAGAUGAGACGUGAUCUUGUUCCAAGCCAAGCGUUAGAUCAUUUUGCAUCACACUUAUUAAAUGACUCCUAGCUUGCAGCACCGCAGAAAAAGAUUUUUGACAUCAUUGUGACUGCAAAGACAGUACAAUAUA